GGCUCAGAGCCAGGUUUCCUCGGCUACCAUCGGCUGGUGGACCGCGCGUGGCGUCCUAGCUUUGCAGCUAUGGGGGCUACUGCAGGUUUGAAGGCAGACUGCGAGGCGCUGCUCAGCCGCUUCCAGGAGAUGGACAGCGUGCGCUUCGAGGACUUCACCGACCUCUGGAGGAGUAUGAAGUUCGGGACCAUCUUCUGUGGUAGAAUGAGAAAUUUAGAAAAGAACGCGUUUACAAAGGAAGCUUUGGCUUUGGCUUGGAGAUAUUUUUUACCUCCAUACACCUUCCAAAUCAGAGUUUGUGCUUUGUAUCUACUGUAUGGAUUAUAUAACACCCAACUGUGUCAACCAAAACAAAAGAUUAGAGUUGCUGUGAAGGAUUGGGAUGAAAUUUUAAAAUUUCAGCAAGAUUUGAUAAAUGCACAACAUUUUGAUGCAGCUUAUAUUUUUAGGAAGCUACGACUAGACAGAGCAUUUCACUUUACAGCAAUGCCUACAUUGCUGUCAUACAGAAUGAAGAAAAAAAUUCAACGACCUGAAGUUACUGAAGACUUUAAGGACCCAAGUGAUCAUGUGAUGAAACUUAUCACUUCUGAUGUACUAGAGGAAAUGCUGAAUGUUCAUGACCAUUAUCAGAGAAUGAAACAUAUAAUUUCAGCUGAUAGAUCCAAUCCAGACAAAGCCCUCAGCUUGAUAAAGGAUGAUUUUUUUGACAAUAUCAAGAACAUAGUUUUGGAGCAUCAGCAAUGGCACAAAGACAGAAAGAAUCUAUCCUCAAAAUUGAAAGCUAAAGAUGGAGAAGAAAAGAGUGAAGGAAAUUCACAACAGUCAGAGAGAAGUGAAAGGGCAGAAUCAUUAGCGAAAAUAAAAUCAAGGGCCUUUUCAGUUUUUGUUGAGGCAUCCAAGUCAAGAAGGCAUCGUCAGGUCAAACUUGAUUCUUCUGACUCUGAUUCUGCAUCUAGUCAAGGACAAACCAAAGCAACUAGGAAAAGAAUAAACAAAGAGACAUUGAAACCAGCAGGAGGGAAGAUGUCUUCCAGAAACAGAGGUGACAUGCAAAAUGUACAUACGGAAGAUAAAUCUUUAAGUCUGAGUAUGCCUGUAAUUACAGAAGAGGAAGAGGAGAAUGAAAGUUUUAGUGAAACAGAGUUCACUGCACCCAAGAGGAGAAGAAAACACAGAACAAAGAGCCUGGUGUAGAGUACUUAAUUUUGAGCUUUCUGACAGAAGAAAAGAUGUAUAUUUUGUGUAUUGAACAGGAAGACUGCGAGUAUUAAAAAUAGUUCUUCUGGGAAGCUGUAGGUAUUUCUUUGAAAUGUCAAUACUUUAAUAUAGUUCUAGAAUAAAAGUACAAAAAAUUAGAGUAUUACUCUAAAAUUUAAUUUUAACAUCUUUUGUGAAAUAUGCAUAAAUGAUAAAAUUUGGAUUUAGAAUGUAAUAGAAAUAAUUCUGUUAUUUGCAGAUUAUUGCUAUUUCCUACAACUUUUUUGUGCUAUUAUACUAUCUUAGUACAGUUCUGGAAGUGUUAGCUAUUCUAUUUAAAAUCUUUUUUCUUGAAAUAUUAAUGUUUAUUAUACGUAAAUGGCUAAUUAUUUUAUAUCUAGUUUGGUAAUGUUUGUUUAUGAUGUAUAUUAACUAUUUUAUAUAUUACGUUGUUAAGUGCAAUAAAGUUUUUGCCUUGUUUGCUUUAUUUUUUUAAUGUUUGAAACUUAUAUGGUCAGUAACUUAUGUGAUUGAUAACUUAGGAAGCUCAGUUUCUACUUCUGUAACCAAUUAAGUAUUCUUUUGUGCUUGUUUUAAAGCUCUCUUUGGCCUAACAUGUCUAUAUGUAUACAUGUAUGUUUGUGUAGGUAUAGAUAUAUGUAUGUAUUUGUCCAAUUAUACAUAUAAUAUGAUUACUCAAUACAUUGUUUAGGUACAACAUUUAAAUACUGAUUAUUUCUAAUGAAACCUUUAAAAGUGGUAAUGUACAUUUCAGAAUGUGUCUGGUACAGAAAGUUGGUACUUACAGAAAAAAAUUCAAUAGCUUCAUGACUGUGCCUCUCUGUUAAUUUAUCAUUUGAGAGAUUUAAACGGAGAUUGCUUUAGCCAUGGUGUUUGAAUUGCUGCUGAUAGCAGACCAUCUCACAUCAUGUGGCUGGCUCAGCCUGUCUUAAAAUUGAUUAAACUCCAUGUUGUUUUCCAGUGUGGUAUAUUCAGGAAUUCUACAAAUGCCCCGUGAGUGAAAAUGUGUGUAAUCUUUUAAAAUCAAAAUACUAACACUAGCCCAGACAAAACUUCGCUUAUUAGAAUCUGUGCUGUCGCAUUAGCUGUGAAACAAAAUUGUUUCCCUUGACUGUUUCCCUUGUUUUCCUUGACUUCAGAUGUUUCUGGUAACAGAUAGGACAGUUUUCAUGAUGUGGAUAUUGGGCAGAGCUUCUGGGGUUUAAAUAUUCUAAUGUUGGGAUCCAUUAUUGGCCACUUGUAUACCGGGUUAUUUGCUAGGAUUUGUAUAAACAUUAAAGUUUACAGACAUUGUACAGCUAA